AUGGUGGAGGAGGACAGGAAGCUCAAAAAGAGCACUAGACCGCGGAAGAAAAGAAAGAUAUAUAGUUGUGAAUCAUGCCGGAAAUUCAAAACGAGAUGUGAUUUUGAACCAUCAGAAGGAAAGUGUUAUCGAUGCAGGAUGUUAAAUUUAGAAUGUUCCUUGACGAAUGACCCAGAGUUAACUACAAAAUUUCCACAGGUCGCGAUUAAUAACUCAGCAAAACCAAGAAUAGAUGAUCUUGAAGCUCGGGUGGACGACAUGGACAAAAAACUCGAUAUUAUUUUGUCUAAAUUAGGAGAGGUGACGUCUCUAUUAAAUAUGAAUACGACCACUACUCGAGAAAAUACAGUAGAUCAUUCUCUAACUGUUGGAUUCUCAAAUGCGACAAAUAGUUUGAAACUUCAGGAACCACCCUUGAAUCUAAUACGGGAUAUUGAUAGUAGGUUGUUUCCCGUAAAAAACGGCAAUUCCAAAUCAGCUAGUAUAGAAAAGGCAAAGAGACCAUAUGUUGUAGCUAGAUUGGCAUUCUGGGACUACUUUAAACAGCACGAAGAGCUUUGCUUAGAACUUUCGCACCAAUUUUUGAUAAAAUCUCAUUUUUGGAUUAUUCCUGGUGGUUUGAAAGAAAUCGAUAAAGAGUAUGUUCAGCAGCACUGUUUUAUUACAAGCGUAUUCACCAUUAUUGCAAUGGGUUUUGAUGAGAAUGAUAAGUACGAAAAGGAGCAAGAGGCACUAUACCCACUAGUGGAGCACUUAUUGACAAAUACUUUGACUAUGUUUGAAAAACUUACUGAUCACGAUAUCGAAGCACUCUUAUACUGCUGUAUGUAUAGGUUCACAAGAAAAUCCAAAAGAUACCGUCAAUUAAGCUUCAAUCCGCUUGUCUUAUGCAAUUUUGCUAUAAACAGCUUUUUGAAUAUUGCUGACUUCCACAAAUUAAAAGAGCGCGUAAUUCUAGAAGAGACAUAUGACAGUACAGACCUGUUCCAUUUACGAAUUUUGAACUCGUUGACUGCUUGCAAACUACAACUGUCUAUUGGAUUUAGUAUUUUUACUUAUCAAGAUCCUUUUAUAAAGGAAUUGAAUAAUUUGAUAGCGAAGUUUCCCCAAGCAAAUUUCAGAGAUGAUAUAAAGCUAAGUGAGAUAAACCUUAGCGAUGUGGUGAAUGCAAUUUUUUUGAACUUCAAAGAUUAUUUCCGCAAUUUUUCGACCGUUUUCAAACAAGGUGGAAACAGGGAUAGGAAUGAUGAAUCACUCUUAGUUUUCCCCGAACUUGAUUAUUGGUUGAAAAACUGGGAAGAACUUUUGUCCAAAGACAAUGGUGGUAUUCUCUGGUUCUCUUACGAUUUCUUUUAUAUAAUGAUCUGCCGUUCAUUCAUUACUGAGUUUUAUCAACCAACUUUAGCUAGUAACGUGGAAUUUCUAGAAGCAGUUUUAACAACCAUGAAACAUUAUUGCAUAUCGUUAUUGAAUGGGUUUUUGAAGUUACCGUCAUCAUUGAUCAAAGGCGCACCGAUAAUAACGACAAAUCAAGUGGUUUACGCUUGCCUAACUUUGUGCGACUACCUACAUAAGUUCAGCUCCACGGAAAGACAGCAAACUUUGAAUUUAUGCACAAAAAUUUACUGGCAUUUAAAUGCAAUUGGAGAGAAACGGAAUGAAGCAACUGAAAAUGUGGCAGUGAUCAUCAAAUCUCUUAUAGACACAAGCAAACAGAAGCUAAACUCGUCAUAUAAACAGUCAAAGGAAGUACAAACAACGCCUGCGUUUUUGAGGAUGGAUCAAUCACCUACGGAAUCAGUUUCUCAUAACAACUUCAGCAUACCCGAUGUUAACCGGUUUAACACAUUUGAAGACUUUUUCCAGGACUUUUUUGACAACUUGCAACCAACUGCUCAACAUAUGUUCUCUACUAGAAGGUCUUCAACGACAUCCAAAUGA